AUGUUACCAAAAUAAAAUGCAUCUUCUUAUAUUAUGGUUCUUCCAAGUAGUAAUUAAUCUUACAUAUCCACUGAACAACCAUUCAUUUAAAAAUCUACUGUAUUACCUGAAUCUAAGAGUAAAAUGAUAAUACCUUACAAUAUGACUCCAUUAGUAAAGGUAUUGAAAUGUUCUGAAUUUAGUUGUUUGAACCAGUUAAGACCAAAUUCAUUCCAAGAGAUGCAAUAAAUCAAUCAAUUCAAUAUUUUAAUGAACCUGCUGAAUACUCUUAAGCAGAAAUCGAUUUACUUGAUUAAUCUUUAGAUAAAUCAAUUUAAUAGCAUCAUUAAGAAACUUAUGAUCCAUUAUAACCUGUUUAAAUGCCAUAAUAACCAGAAAUUACUUAGUAUCCAUAAUUAUUUGUUGAACCUCCCAUUUUAAUUCCAUACUUUAUGGAUUAUAUCAAUUGGGAUUUGAAUAAAAUGAAGAGUAUAGUUAAAACUGAUGAGGAUGAUACAACUAGAUAUAUGAAUUUUUAUAGAUAUUUUAAAUUCAUAACAACUAAAAUUUAGCAUAAAUAUUAUAAUGCAAAAGCUCUAGUCAAAAUGUUAAUUGAAAAAUAUUAAAUAGUGCAACGUUUGAAUGAAUUAUCGAUGGAUUUAAAAUAUCAUUUAGAUAAUUAAGUUGGAGAUUUGGCUAGUUAAAGUCUUGAAUAACUAAAGAAACAUGAAUGGGUUCAAUAAGAAAUAGAUUUUGAGAAAUUAAGAUAAAAAUUAUAUUAAAUACGUAAAGAAAGCUUUGAAGUAUUAAUGUUGACUGAACAUGUUGAAGAUAGUGUGUUAUAAGAGACAUCAUUUACAAAUUAACUUAAUUAAUUAAGGGCAGAAUUGGAUCAUUCUUAUGAUUUAUUUGAAGAAUAAAUACUAAUAUAUAUAUUUCAUGAUGUUGCUGGAGUAGAAGCAUGUAUGAAUUAUUUAAUUGAUGAUAUAAUGAAUGAAGAAAUUGAAGAAUUAAAAUUUUUUAAUUCUAUUCCAAAUUUCAUCAAAGAUCUAGAUAAUUUUGGGAUAGAAUUAAGAUAUUUAGUUAAACAUUUAAGAUUGAUUAUCAAAUCUUUGACAGAUAAAACUAAUUAAAAUUUAAUAGACUUAAAUAAAGCACAUAGAUCUUUAGAGAUAGAAGUUAAAAAGAUCAUUGAGCUAUUUAAUGAGAUUCCAGCUAUGGUUACUAAAAUGUAACUUAGCAUUAAUUAAGCAAGAAUUAUAUUAUAAAAGAUUAGACUUCCACAUAAUAAUUAUAGAUCUUAAAACUAAGAAAUUUAUGAUGAAUAUUUGAAAUUAUAAGAGGAAAAUACAAAACUUGAAUAAUUAAUUUAGAAACGUAUCAAUAAAGCUGCAAUCAUAAGUCAAGUAUGUGAAGAGUAAAAGACUAUUCUAUAAUUUGAAAUAACAUAACUAAAAGAGGAGAAUAAGAAUGUUAUUGAACUUUAUCAUUUAUUAUAAGGAAUACAAGAGAAGGAAUUUUAAUUGUCUAAAAUUUAAUCAUAAAGAUCUGAAAUAUGGUAAUAAAUGAAAUAAGUGAAAUCUGAAGAAAUCUAAUAAUUAAAUCAGAGUGAAUUAAAAUAAUUGGAAUAGAAAUGUAUUGAUAUCAUUCGAUAGAUAACAUCAUAUUUUGGUUAGAAUAAAAUGCCUCAUUAAUUUAUAAGAUUAAAACUGUGGGCUGAAUCAGAAUUAAUGGCAUUAAGAAUAAAGUUUGAUGUUCCUAAGAUAAACCAUUAUACUUUGGAUUCUUCUCUAAAAUUAAGAAUUGAGAAACUAGUAAAAUGGGAAUAUAGUGAAGAAUAAAAUGAAGAAUAGAAUGUUUCAUAAUAUAUUUAAUACUUCCACAAUUUAAAUCAAGAUAUCAGUGUAUAAUAACCAGAUAUUGAAAUUGAGUUGGAUAAUUAAUUUGAGUUACUUCAAGAUAAUGAAGAAUUACUUUAAUUAAAUGAGACUUAUACAAUUUGGAAAAAUAUGUAGACAGCUGCAAUAUAUUUGAAUGACGAUUAUUUGUAAGGUCUGCUUUCGUCGCAUGACUAAGAUCGUCUGGUUAAGUUUAGGAAAAAUGUGUCUCAUUUGUAGAUAUUCUUUAAGCUAAUGAAAUAGGAUUAAUAUGUAGGGUAUGUAGGUGAAGUUGAAUAAUUGGCAGAUUUGUUAAUUCAAGGAAGAAAAUUAGAUGCGAAAUCUUUAAUAAAGUCUUCAAGGUUUAUUCCAAAAAAUUACAGAGAGAAUUUACUAAGUGCAUUUUGA